GACGCACUUUCAACUGACUUAAAUGUUGUCAAAUGGUUAACACCAUAACACACAUGUAAUAAUGUUUACAAUGAGGCCCACAGAUUUUUUUGGGUUUUCCUAUUUGGUUUUCCUAUUUGUGUCAUUUUUGUCAGUCUGCGGAUGUAAACAUAUGGCGGUUAAUCCAGUGGGAAGCCUUUAUUGCACAACAGACGUCCUCGUCUUUCUUUCCGUUCUAGCUUUUAUUGCCUGUUUUAGAACCGACAACAGAAGCCCAGCAAAAUAGACCUACUAUGUGCAAGUUAAAGAUUUGUUUUAUUGUAGACUGCAUAGGCCUACGCGUAGACAUCCCCUUGUCAAAUACGUAUGUCCUACAUUUGUGGUUUCAAUAAUGUGAAUUAUGUCAUUGUUUUCAAUACUAGACGUUGUUACCAUAGAUUAUUGAGGGGAAAAAAUCUGAUCUUUAGCUAAUAUCGUUCUCUAACCAACGUGUUGUUAUCGAAUAGCUUGACGGUUGUUUGAACAAUCAAAUGAAUCAAUUUGAAUGGAUUUUCAUGCAGCUGUGUGUUGAAGAUGAAGAUAGUGGUAAAAGGGUUUGCAGUAGGCUAUUGUUGACUGAGAUUUUCCACACAUGGAGAACAAAAGGAUUCAAUGUGGAAUAUUCAUUUUUGGAAUAACAGUUUUGUCGGGUUUGUACCUCAAAUUGAGUAGCCUACCUUAUAGAAAGGAGACCACUUUUUUAAAUCCAGGUUGCCAUUCAUUGAUAAAUUACUCUUGUCAGUCAUUUUAGACAAUAGGAUACCUAACGUUUCCACAGCUGACUCACGCACGAGCAUAUGUCCCAGGCCCCCAUAGCACACAAUUAUAGAUCUAUAGCUAAAGCACUGGGCUAUUUCAAAAUAUCCACCUCUGUGUACGAUGUACAGCAUACCGUCGACACUAAAAUUCCAUUACUACCAUUAAUCAAUGUAAUCAUUUUGUGAAGUCAACUCACAUAACUUAUAUUUAGCGCAAUUUGGCACUAAACAAAUACCUAACUCUACAUUUCUAAGAUGUGAUUGUAUCCGUAAAGAUAUCGCCUACCAUCUCCAUAACAGUGCUUUGUGGAUACAUAUCCUCUGAUGUAGCCUGAUCAAUUCUCUACUCACGGUUGAUUGCUGGGUUUUCAGGAAAAGUGUUCUAAACGGUUACCACUUAGGCUAGUAACUUCAAAUACAAUUAAACACUAAUUCUCUCUUUUUUUACAUUGUUAUUCUUCUUGCGUUUAUAAUCCAACGCAUUCGUUUCAGAGGCUCAGGAUGUAUCGUUAUGUAGGCUAUACACAGAGUUAUUUGUUGGUGAGCUGAGAAACUUCACUUGGUUUUAUUGCCCUUCACAGAAGAGACCCUAAACGCAUUCUUAUCACCACCGCCCUUCCCCCUAGCAAUCGGAAUUACCCGUUAAGAGCCGAGGCACGAUAAUUACCUUCAAGUCAUGUAAUGCUAAUUCAUACACGAUGUAAAACAUGGAAAGAAUGUGAAAAAUUCUUGCCCAGCUAAAACACAAGAACCAACAGAGCACGCGAGCUUUAUGAGAGCGCUACCACUACAUAAACAUCUGAUUUGGAUACAACCUACACUGAAUAUGUACACAGCGGCGAGGACAAACGAUACAUUAUCUUACAUAUUACAUUGUACUCUUUAUUGGCUUUCACAAUUUUCAAAUAUGUGCGUGCGAACUACAUUGUCCUUGUGUGUAAGUGUGUUACACACACACGUGCACUCACACACACACACACACACACGCCAUGCCACAUAAGCAGGUAAAACAUAUGUAUAGGUAUCAAUUUAUUCAACCCAUUUAAAAAUUUACAUUAAAAAAAACUAAAAUGCCAAUUCAGUGACGGGAUUAUUCUGGUUCUGGACAGCAGUUUGAUAUUGCAGACAUAUACACGUCGCUUAUAUAUUUAUAUCGUCUUGUUUUCUUGCUCAGUGUGGAAUGUCCAACUAACUUAAUACAUGCGUUGCUAUGCCCCACUAACUUAAUGCAUUCGUUUUCUGGCUGCAUUUUUAGAGCUAUAGCUGGUUAGCUAAAAGCUACAGUUUCCUUGCUCUCAAUUGGUGGAGAAUGGUCAGCUGACAUUGUCAUAUUGCCUCUCUCUGGAGCUAAGCGAUCAGCUAUAACACUCGGGUUUGUGAGUCUUACCGGAGAUUGGAAAUUAAUAAUAUUGAAACCUCAAGCAACCGUCUAUUUAUACAAGCAGCGAAAGGGUGAAAGGAAGGUUUUGCAAAGGUGUGUGAGCAGCCAGCAACAUAUCCAGAAUAAGGGAAAGUGGAAGGGGGAGCUACUGAGAGGGGAAAGUGGAGAAAAAAAUACUGAUUAAGAAGUGCGGAGAGUUGAAGAAGAAGGGUUGCAGGCAAGGUAUGAAUUCGUAUUUCGCAAACCCGUCACUCUCCUGCCAUUUAUCCGGUGGUCAAGAUGUUUUGCCAAGCGUGCCACUAAAUUCCACCACUUAUGACACAGUGAGACAUUUUUCGUCGUAUGGGGCUGCUGUGACCCAGAAUCGGAUAUACGCAAAUCCUUUCUAUUCUCCCCAAGACAAUGUUGUUUUUGGGCCGAGCCGGGCAUCCUAUGAGUAUCAUGGAUCUAAUGUGUUUCUUCAAGACAAGGAUGGAGGUCUUGCCAGUUGCAGACAAACAACAAGCAUGGGACUGAAUGCACAAAACCACAUUGCUCAGGAGUACAGUUUGGAUCAAGCCAGAGGAGGAUCGCAGGAGCAGAAAGCUAACGUCCAGAUAUACCCGUGGAUGCAGCGAAUGAACUCUCACAGCGGAGUUGGGUAUGGGUCAGACAGACGCAGAGGACGCCAGAUAUACUCCCGUUACCAAACACUGGAACUGGAGAAAGAGUUUCAUUUCAACCGCUAUCUAACCAGACGUAGACGUAUCGAAAUAGCAAACGCCCUUUGUUUGACAGAACGUCAGAUCAAAAUUUGGUUCCAGAAUCGUCGCAUGAAAUGGAAGAAAGAGAGCAGCCUGACGUCGACGGUGACGGGAAGUGAAUCGACAGGGGCCACGGCGGAGAAGGAACGAGACAGCGUGGAAGAGGAGAAAGAGGAGGAAAAGAAAGAGAAAGAAUGAAAGACAUUUUACAACGAAAUCAUGAAACUCCACUAAACUACCUAGCCAUUCAAAGACCACAAACUCCCCUGCAUGAUAUUAUUCUGCUAUUUGUCCCUCUCUCUCUCACAAACUCGUAGCCUUCGCGCGCGUGAAAACAUGCAAUAUUCUGCAAUUCGGAUAAUUUUAGGCUGGAAAAAGCAUAUAGUUAACUGAUAGCUGUUUACUUCUAGUGGCAUAAUGUCCUUUGUCAUAGUCAUGCUAUUUGUGUUGUGAAAUGUGAAACAUUCAUCAUUUCCCUCCAGAAUUGCCCCCUUUACACUGUCAAAUAUAUCGUUCGGAUUACUUCAGUCAAUUCACAUAGGUCAGUGUUGGGGAUGGUUUACAAACACAAUGGGGCAUAAGCAUUCCAAAUGUGAAGGAAAUGCUCAGGCAUACUUAUUUCGUUUGUGUUAAUGUACUUGAAUCUUUACAUUCCCAUGAAUCCCAUCGCAAUAUGACUCCUGCAAAUAUCCUGAAAGCUCUCACGGGGUGAACUACACUACCUAAAUUGUAGAUAUGCCUGUAUAUAUUCUAUGUAUUCUCAUAUAUACUCUGUGAGGGCUUUGUGUGCAUUAUGCUGCUUAAACGGAUGUUCUCUUAACGUUGCACUUACCACUUUUUGGCAUAAUAACCGUUUAUGGUUACCCAAGACUACCUAAUAAAAAGGGAGAAAUGAUACAAGAGGAAUCAAUCACGUUGUUUAAGGUUGUGAAUUUAUGUUUUGUGUAUCAUUGAAUAAAAUGUUUUCAAAACA